CUUUCAUCAGGUCUUCAUUCUGCUCUUCAGACAUUGAAUAAAAUAUCAGACAAUUCAUCAUGUUUUCUUUGCUGCACUUAGGAUGACUUUCAUUCAAGACUCAAGUCUUCAAAAUCCGGCUAUACUUACUUACUAUCCUAGCUCACCUUUAGUAACACACGGCACACACAUAUUCGUUUCACCCUUCUAGGCUAUGAAGUCAAUUUAGUAAGGCGCGGUCUUUUGCAAGGACUGCUCAAUGGAGUUCUGUUCUGCUCUAUCCCCGGCGCACUAUAUAUCCAGCACUAUAACAGCAGUCGACUCAACCAUUCACCUCGAAUCUUCUUCUGCUCUUUCUUCAAACCAAAAAUCACCUAUGGUUUUCCAGGCUGGACAACCGCUCAAAUUCACCGCCGUUCAGCCAAUAUUCCUUCUCACUAUAACCCUCGGAGUCGUUUUCUAUGGAUUAGUUUAUUCUCUUUGGAGGGUUCUCCGCUGGUAUUCCUUCAGACGCCAUUCCGGUAUUCCCGAAAUUAAGGAAUUGGGGAAGACGCGUCCUUCAGAGCAGAAACUGGAUGGGACGGCCAUAAUAUGCGGUGGGAGCAUCGCCGGCCUCCUCACAGCCCGAGUCUGUGCCGAUUACUUCAAAGAGGUCAUCAUCGUCGAACCAGAAGAAUGGUUAACCGGCGAAGAUGGGAUGCGUAGGUUUUGCUCGGAGCAGGAACAUAAACGCACGCGUGUCAUGCAGUAUACAUCGCUCCAUGGUAGCCAAGCUCUGUUGUACGCCGGUCUCCGAGAGCUUUUUCCGGACUUAGAUGAACAAUGUCGAUAUUCAGGUUUAGGCGUGUUUCCAGGAGACAGGAAGAACAACUUCGCUGGGACGCCCAUACCAGCUCCGGUUGAUUCGUAUGGUGGCAAUUUGCCGAAAACAAUUUAUUCUGGGCGGGCAGGGCUUGAAACACUUUUACGCCGACUGGUCCUUGGUCGAGGCAGUUAUCCCAACAUCACGCAAAUAGCUGGAACGGUUGUUGGAGUUUUGCCGCAUUCUGAAGGCGACGCUUCUCAUGUUAGUGGGGUCAAAAUCCGAAGACCGGAUUUGACGAUUGAGGAGCUUGAUGCAAGCCUAGUGGUUGAUUGCACCGGACCAACUCGCGCUGGUAUCAAGUGGCUGUCUCAAUCAGGCUAUGGUACCACCAAUGCUAAUACUGACAGCAGCAGUAAGGUUGCUCUCCAAAACGCAAAAAUCUCGUUCGACCAGAAGCUGCAAUAUUCUACCCUCACAUGCAAAGUCACCUCCGAAACCUUGGCGAAACUACCGAUUCCCCCAGAUCAGACGCCUGAGACUGUUACGUUCACGUUAUUAGAAGACGGUGUUGAGAACGGACGGAGGGUUAUUGCUUUGAUACGGGGAGAUGGUAAUGAAAUUUCGCUUUUCGCCGGUCAUUCCAGCGACGAAUCUGUCAAAUACGAGUCGCUCGAUUCGAUGCGAUCAUUGGCGCAGGAGUUGAAGACAUAUCAGAAACGUCCAAUCCCGGGGUGGUUGUACGAAGCUAUUGAUAUCCUAGAGGAGGCUCAACCGGAGAUACAGUUUUCCCAUGUUCGCAUUCCUCCCACAGCCUAUAUUCAAUAUCACCGAACGGUAAACCUGCCGAGUAACUUCGUAGCGUUGGGGGAUAGUGUGUUAUCUGUGGAUCCCAUAUACGGCCAAGGAUGUACUAAAGCACUGAUAGGCGCAGCUGUGCUGAACAAAAUCCUUUCAAACUCUAUCAAUACACCAGUGACAAACAACAAGCAUUUACCGACAAAUUUCUCAGAAGAGUUCUUUAAAGAGCAUUUUGACAAGACAGAUGCUUUUUGGCAACUCACACAUUUACUGGAUUACGGGAUACCCUGUACCACCCCCUUACCCGGAGAAAAUCUGGAAGCAGGCAGUCUAGUGCGUUGGUAUCUAAGAAGGGUACAAAUUCUCGCUACCAAGGAUGCCCAGGCUGCGCGGGUGUUCUGGGAUGGGGCCAAUGGAUUUGGCUCAGCCGUUGAUAUUCUCCACCCAUGGCUUGUGUUGAAAACACUUUUUGAUACAGCUACUAGAGGAUGAAAAUGGGUCUAGAAAUUUACGGUACUUAACAGAUUAUCGAUAAUUGACAGGACCUUUGCUUGAUUUUUCUGAGGUUUUAAGAGACAAGAUGUGACUUACAUAUUCUACA